UGAGCCAGGGCCCGGGGUUGCGUUUCUAGCGUUGUCGGCAUUUUGCGUCAGUUCUUGCGCAGCCCUCGAAGAUUACGGACCGCAGCAACGUGUAUUUGAGCGUGUGUGUGUGAGAGAGUGUUUUCUCCUUAGUGUUUUCCCAGCUGGCAUUUUCGGUGGCAACGAUCGUUCUACUUCGUAGGUUAGAACCGUCCGCCUGCCAGAGAGCUGAAGAGAGCCACAUCUGUGCCGCUGUGUUUGUGUGUGCGCGCGCGUGUGUGUGACUUUAUGUGAACAGUGCGGGUGAGAGAGCGCAUUGGCAGCAAAAAUACACACACCCGCGGUCAAAGAGCCCAGCAGAGUUCUCUCCGCGGCCAGUUCAUCCUCAUCAACGUUUCAUCGACGCGCUCCUUCUUCAAUCAGCCAACCACAGUGUGUCGUCCAGCAAACACAGGCGCCGCCAUCGAUCAGUAACAUCCAUCGUCCUCUGCCUUCCCGCAACCCAUCGCAUUACUCGUUGAACCUGCCAACAAGUGUUCUCCGGGUGUGUGUUUGUGUGAUACGGCUACUACCUCUACCUGCUGCGGCGUGUGUGUGUAUCGAUUCUGGCAAUAGUGCGCGCGAGUGUGCACCCCCUUAGUCCAGUGUCUCUGCUGCUGCUCACGUGUGUGCGGUGUGUGACAUCGGCAUUUUGUGUUUUUGCUGCGCGCGCUUCACUCUAGAUUGAAAUCAUCCUCCGAGCCUCUUAGUGCGCGAGCAGAUAGCUUAACAAAAAAAACGCAACUGGUGUGUCGCCUUUUCUUCUGCGCUCAGCAACACCAUCCCGUAGGCCGAAAAAAUGGUUGCGAGCAGUAAAAUGAUGAACGUGCGCGUCACGACGAUGGACGCGGAGCUGGAGUUCGCGAUCCAGCAGGGCACCACAGGCAAGCAGCUGUUCGAUCAGGUCGUGAAGACGAUCGGUUUGCGAGAGGUCUGGUUCUUCGGGCUACAGUACACAGACUCCAAGGGCGAUAACACGUGGAUCAAGCUGUACAAAAAGCCGGAAAACGUCAUCUGCAAGCAUAUGAAAAAGAUCGGCAAAAUCAUCAAGCGCAACAUUGAGCAGCAUCAUCACCGCCUGCUGAGCUCCAGCCUGACCACCAGCAGCAACAGCAGCAGCAGCAGCAGUAAUGGUGGCAGCGGUAUGAACGGGUCAAAGGUCAUGUCCUCCUCGUCCAACACACUCGACGGUGACUCAGACUCGGACGAGGACGAUCUGACAGGGUCGACGCCGUUUUCCAAAUGGGUGAUGAGCCAAGAUGUGCAAAAGGGUGACCCGCUGCUGUUCAAGUUUCGUGCCAAAUUCUACCCGGAGGACGUGGCCGAGGAGCUGAUCCAGGACAUCACGCUGCGCCUGUUCUACCUGCAGGUGAAGAACGCGAUCCUGUCGGACGAGAUCUACUGCCCGCCGGAAACGUCCGUGCUGCUCGCGUCGUACGCGGUGCAGGCGCGCCACGGCGACUACAACAAGGGCACCCACGUGCCCGGCUUCCUGGCCAAGGAUCGACUGCUCCCGCAACGGGUCAUCGACCAGCACAAAAUGUCCAAGGACGAGUGGGAAAACUCGAUCACCACCUGGUGGCAGGAGCACCGCGGCCUGCUGCGCGAGGACGCCAUGAUGGAGUACUUGAAGAUCGCGCAGGACCUGGAGAUGUACGGCGUGAACUACUUCGAGAUCCGCAACAAGAAGGGCACGGAGCUGUGGCUCGGCGUCGACGCGCUCGGGCUGAACAUCUACGAGAAGGAGGACCGGCUGACGCCGAAGAUCGGCUUCCCGUGGUCGGAAAUUCGCAACAUCUCGUUCAACGAUCGUAAAUUCAUCAUCAAGCCGAUCGACAAGAAGGCGCCAGAUUUCGUGUUUUUCGCGCCGCGCGUCCGCAUCAACAAGCGCAUCCUGGCGCUGUGCAUGGGCAACCACGAGCUGUACAUGCGCCGCCGCAAGCCGGACACGAUCGACGUGCAGCAGAUGAAGGCGCAGGCCCGGGACGAGAAGAACGCCAAGCAGCAGGAGCGCGAGAAGCUGCAGCUGGCGCUGGCGGCGCGCGAGCGGGCCGAGAAGAAGCAGCAGGAGUACGAGGACCGGCUCCGCUCGAUGCAGGAGGAGAUGGAGCGCAAGCAGGCGAACCUGAGCGAGGCGCAGGACACGAUCCGCCGGCUGCAGGAGCAGCUGAACCAGGUGCAGGCGGCGAAGGAGGAGCUCGAGCAGCGCCAGAACGAGCUGCACGAGAUGAUGCAGCGCCUGGAGGAGACGAAGAACAUGGAGGCGACCGAGCGGGCCAAGCUGGAGGAGGAGAUCCGCGUGAAGCAGCUCGAGAUGCAGAAGAUCCAGGAGGAGGUCACGCUCAAGGACUCGGAAACGAAGCGCCUGCACGAGGAGGUCGAGGAAGCGAUACGGAAACAGGUAGCCAAGGGCAGCCGUAACGAGGCCGCUGCUGCGUUGCAGGCCGCCACCACCACCCCGAAGCACCAUCACGUGGAGGAGGAGGAGGAGAACGAGGAGGAGCUGAUCAAUGGGGAGAACGGUACGCAAGACUUCUCCAAAGACUUCGACACGGACGAGCACAUCAAGGAUCCGGUCGAGGAGAGACGCACCCUUGCCGAGCGUAACGAGCGCCUGCAGGACCAGCUGAAGGCCCUCAAGCAAGACCUCGCACUGUCGCGCGACGACACGAUGGAGACGCCGAACGACAAGAUCCACCGGGAGAACGUGCGCCAGGGACGGGAUAAAUACAAGACGCUGCGCGAAAUCCGCAAGGGCAACACCAAGCGCCGCGUGGACCAGUUCGAGAACAUGUAAAAAGCGCAAGAGUAGUGUGCGUGUGUGUGUGAGGGAGAGAAAGAGAAGAGAACAAGAGAGAAAGAGAGACAGGAGAAGAAGCAACAAUUACACACAGUGCAGACACACCCCACGCGCAGAUUCUCAGAAUAUGAUGCGCCUGCGCUGGUAUAUGUGGUGGCAGUAUAAAUCCCGUACAACCCUUCCCAUCCCUCCCACGUGUGCGUGCGUGCGUGCGUUCGUGUCCCCUCCAUUUAUGGUGGUGUGGAAGAAGCAGAAGCAGAAGAAGACGAUGAUGAGGGAGGCGCACGCGGUCCACGUGUGCACGCGCGCCACGUGCUUUCUGUGUGGAAGGAAAGCGUUGCAUAUACUACACUAUUACUACCACCAACAACACCACCACCACCACUACAACAAAUCCCCUCCCCCCUCUCCCUCAACAGCCAAUAUGCUCCCGCGCACAUAUAUAGUAUACAGUAUGACACUAAUGACACUUAUUCCGAAUCCCUUGUAAUCCUCCGUUUCAUGUGGUGUGGUGGGGUGUGGUGAUGAUAGAGUGCCGCCCACACACCGGUGGCUCGCGUCUGUUACAGCGGCAACAACAACAACAAAAACACGAAAAAAGCAACACAACAUUUACUUAGUAGGACGAUAAUCUUAUGGCAAGCAAAAGGGUAGGGCAAUCGUGUUAGGGUUACUAUUACUAUUACCAUGGCAGCGACAAGGAGGGAACAAGAGAGGAGCGACAGGAUGCAUGCGUACAGUGACAACGCGGCGGCAGCAGCAGGUGCAGCAGUUGUUGUGUCUAUAACACACACACACACACACACAUAUCCACACAUACAUAUUUUGUAUACUUUUUCUGCUUCUUCUUUGGCAUCCACCACUUGCCUCGUCGCGCAACAUUGUGUGCAACUCGUAUUUUCCGUUGGGUGCGAAAUUGCAUCCCAACGGCGCGUUAAAUUUGAAUUCUGUAUUUGGGUCACGUGACCCCCAUAUUCCCCCCAACCCCCCCGUUCGUCGGUGUGGGUUGGUGUUUAUUGUUACAUACUGUUUCAUGUAAUUCGUAAGGUGAAGUACACGCAAUCGAAGCUUAGCAACUUGCACUCGAGGUGUAGCGUUCAAGCAAAAGUGCAUUAUCUUUCCCAUAAAAAGUUUAGAAAUAGCACACACACAUACACAAUUUUUAGUGUGCGUUUCUGUGUGUGAGGAGAUUUUUUUUUUGUUUUUUUCAAUGACUAGCAAAGGUAUGAUUGGCAUUAUUGAUCACGAUAAAUGGAUUUUUUUUUGCUGCUGCAAGCGUCCCUAACUAGCGCUGGGAAAAAAAGGAUUAGGGAGCAGAAUUACGUAAUAAUAACGAUGGGCAGUUUUGUCCUGCAAAAAAACUUGAUAGUAUGCGUAUGUGUGUGUGUGACCGAGAGAGAGAGAGAGAGAUAAUGGUAAUGGCAGAAGUAUAAAGAAGUAAAUGGUAGUAAUGGUAAGGCGAUAACAGUGUAGCAGGUGUAGAAAUUGGUGACCAUAAAACGCCUAUGUGAUGGCGUUUUUGUUUUUUUUUUGGUUCCAUCUUUCUUUUCUAUAUUAUUUCCCCCUCCCUCUAUUUCCUUCCUUUUUUUGGCGAUGAUCCGUCCCGUGGAUCAGUAUUGGUGUGUGCGUGCGCGCAACCACCCCCGGGGUAUAUUAGGGAGCAAGGAGAAGACGUGGCGGUAUGGCACACAGUUGGGCACUGGAGCCCUCGGGCGGCAAGGCCAACAGUAGUAGUUAUGGCUUUGGGGAAAAACCAGCGCAGCAGCAAGUCGGAAGACGCCACACUAGUGGAUGUGGACAAAUGAAUAUAUAUUUAGUUACGAGGCAAAAGUAGGCAUUGUUUAUUAAUACAGCAAACAGCAACAGCAAACCAGAUGAAAGUUAAAGCAGCAAACUUUACAAUACACACACACACACACACACAUACACAAAACACAUUAUAUCGAGGGAUCGUUAGGGGAUUGGUAUUAAUCGGGGAGGUAAUAAGAGCAGCGCGUGUGAGAACGAAAAGAAAGCACGGAGAUCUUUUAUCCGCGCAACACCCCGCAGCAGCAUUGUGUCCAGGCAGAGAAAAAGGGGUGUGGUGGUGUGUGUUACGUUAUUCGGAUUUUAGGAAUUGGUUCAAAUCUAUAUAUAAAAAAAGUAUUUUCCUUCUUAUAUCAUCCCGCCCCCGUUUCCCCUCCCAUUUUUUUUUUGGCCGGUAGUGCGCUUCUUUUCGAUUUCCGGUACGACAGUGUCCUCUUUAAUAUAUCUAUGUUAUGAUUAGUAUAUCCAUUUUUUUAUUUUCUUCUUUUAUUAUUACUUCAUUACUACAAGAGCAAUGUUUGUGUGUAUGUGUGUGUGUGUGUGUGUGUGUGUGCGUGUGUGUAAUAAUUGUAAACAUGGGUGGAAAGUGGGGCGUGUCUUCUGUAUUCAAGCAAUAGCGAACUUCUUCUUGCCGGGAACACACAGCACACAGCACGAGAGAGAGAAAACAAAACCCCGUCGGUCCGAAGGAUAAAGGGGGUGGUGGGGAGGACACGCUAGCAGGGCAGGAUGUCCUGGUGUUUUUUUUUUCUCUCUUUUCGAUCGAUGAUUAUGCUUUCCUAAGUUUGUUUUUGGUUUAGAAUCCGUUGCCCGGCACACCUUGUUUGUGUGUGUGUGAGUGCGUGUAUUCUUCUCUGAUCACCCCCCCCCCUUUCCUCCUCUUCCUCCUCCCCCUUGCGCAACCUUGGUGUAGUGGCUCAUGUAAUAAAUCGAAUUAAAAUCGACGAAUAUAAACGUAAAAAAACAACAUAACAGCUGCAACAGCAAAAUCAAUUAAUUGUUACAACACACACACAGACACACAUUCGCGAAGAGCGAAAAAGGGAAGAAAAAAAAACAAAAUAGAAACAGAAAGCGAGAGAGCGAGUGACUUGAAUUGAAAAAUGGAAGAGAACGAAGGAUUGGGACAAAAAAAAACAAACAAACACAACAACAGAAAUGAAAAAGCGUUCAGUGCGCCAAUUUGCUGGAAUUACAGGUUCGGUUGAACCGUCUUGCCAAACAGCAGCGCGCCGUAGUCGUCCCCUCACGCAUUAUUUCCGCAUUUUACAUGCAUAGCAAUGUAUUAUUGUAUUUAAACAAGAAACCGAAUGGAUAAAGAAUGUGGGAAAGUCGA